AUGAACCCUCAGCAUCUCCCCAAGUUGGCCACUCUGGCUGAGAAAACACUCGCGUCAAAAUGCAAGCCCGGAUCAAUGUCGUACUGUCCAACAAUGGACCUUAUCGCGUUGGCCAGCGCGGACGAACGAGUGGAUGUUUUCCGGUUGAAUGGGCAGCGGGUAUUUGGGGGUGUUUAUGGCGGAGGUGGACGCGGUGGUAGUGGAAGAGAGGUCAGAGGGUUGAAGUGGAAAGGGAACGGCCAUCUCCUCGCCGUCGUCUGUUCAGACAACAUUAUCCGCAUAUUAAGCGCAUACAGCGGCAAAAUUGUACAUCAACUGCCAUGUGGCCCUUUGUUAGCAUCUCAUUCAACUGCCUCUGUACCACCCUCAUCGCUUUCGCCCGCAGCGGAUGCAGUUACGUGUGUAUCCUGCCUUGGCUGGGGGAUGAACUUUACCGAUGACAGGAGCGCAUUGAAAAACCUUCAAGAUGCAGAGAGAAGAAUUACUGUCCAAGAUCUACUGACGACGCACUCGCAAUUGUCGAAAAUUGCGCAGCUAAAAGCAGAUUUGCCGCGAGAGCUGGCUAUGCUAGAUAUGGAGCGGUCGCUCCCCAAGUUGAGCACCCUACCAUCGACGGGGAAUGACGAUGAUGUGUUUGGCACUCGAGCAUCGAUUGAUUCCAUCUUUCAUGCUACAAACAAAGUAACCGGUGACUCUGUCGACGUUUUGCUAGCAGGCUUCGAUGAUGGGACCAUUCACCUACGGAUUUUCGACUGUUUCGAUAUUGGUCUCUUUCCUGUAGGAGGCUCUCUUGGGGAUUCAACGGCAAACAGAAUUUUGCUUCAUUCUUCUCAUCCAAUUAGCUCAACCCAUUCCCUCUUGUUCUCCACGGAGAGUAAUCUGCUCCUUGUCAAUCUAGAUCUCCGAUUCAUUACGAGAUGCGGGCGGUACCUGUCUCUCCUUGCGUCUAAAGUCACGCAGUUGCAAAAUUUGUUGCGGUAUAUCAAGCAAGUACAGGCUCAGAUUCAUCUUGAGUGGAAAAAUGCGCAGGACCUGCCGGGAAGGUAUAUUAGGAAUGUAACUGAGGAUCUACAGGACAAAUGCUCAUGUGAUUUUGUGACUGCUGCGUACCACCUCCUGGUGACUGGGGAUUGCUUUCCGCCACUUAAGGAGUUUCUCGUCGAGAUCCUUGGCGAGAGGGGCCAUAAACGUUGGGAAAAGGCGGUUACAUCAGGAUAUGAAGCACUGAGAAGGCUGACUCACGAAAGUCUCCUCCCUGCACUGGAAAGAUGCGGAGUCCUUCUGAGUCGGCUUCUAGGGCUAUCAAAGUUCCACAAGCUUAGCCCGAUCCUGGGCUUGGAAACAACCGAUCUUGAGAAAUGCCAGGAAACUAUUGACUGCCUUAACCUUCUGUCCCAUAAACUUUUGAUCCAUAGCAGCCGCGAGCUCCUUGAGUUUGCUGCCUUCUCAAAAUGGUUGAGACAUGAAGUGGAUCUACAGGCGGCCGAUCCGCUGUCUUCAACGUAUGAGGAACUGACGGAGAGCAGUGAUUCACUCGACCACGCUCAAACUUUGAGCUAUAUUCAGGGAGCUAUGACGCGAAGCGCUCUUCAGGAUUUCAUCCAACCUGCUCCCGCACAGUCACAGCCUGAUCGAUGGGAAACAGUGGGGCGUGACAGCUCGUUUUAUGAAACAUAUAAGAAACUACUUCGACAACAGGAUCAGAAGAAAUGGACGGACAGGAUCGAUAUACCACUUCUCGGCGAUCUCACUUCCCGCCUUGGCUUGCAGUGUGAAAAGGUGUUUAAGCAGAUAGCUGAGACACAGCGAAGAGGCAUACUGCACAGAUCUCCGCUAUCCCUAGACCCGGAUUGUAGUGCAGAUGUAAUAGAUAUGGCGAUGAAUUUCAGUCCUUUUGAGAAUUCUACAUAUGCAUCUGUAUACAUUGCAUCGAAAUCGAAAAGCUCAUCAUGGAUACUUUAUCUGUAUAGAGUGCUGCUCAACACAGUCAACGGCGUCAGCUCAACCAAGGCUGCGUUCCUAGCAGUAUUAAAUCUGCAAAAUGGGAAUAUAAAACAAAUCAAGUUCGUUGAGGAUGGAACAAUGAUGCUUCUAUUAUCUGACGGCAACACCCAUCUCGUCAGCUUUCCCUACCUCCCAAAUCCUGAUGGUUUAUUUCACCCCAACUACAUCAGACUCAGUGACAGUCCUGAAGCUUCAGCUACAUCAUCUACUUUGCCAUCUGGGAUAGCCGAAGAUGACAUAACGCACCUGUACCUCGCAGAUCCACAGCAGCAUGCUGACUUUGUGAAACACACUUUCACAGGGCAGGGAAAUAUGGAGCCGGUCGAGUUUCAAGUCAAUGGGCGGAAAGGGAGGAGGGUGGUGUGUGUUUUGUACGCAGAUAGACUAAGAUAUUCUGUGUUUGAUAUGGAUAGUUCUGAGGAUGGGCAAGUGGACGAGGAGAAUAGCGAGGAAGAUCCUGAGGAUGUGAAUUGGGGUGACACUGGAGAUGGAGAUGGAGAUUGGGAUAAUAUGAAAGUUGAGAAAUAG